UCCGUCAUAAUUUGCAUAAGAUAAACACGUCAUACUCAAGGCGAAAGUUCGAGCCAGCGAUAAAACCACUCAUAAAAUGUCACGGUUAUUUCGAAUAAUAGUGCCAAGUCAAAGUUUAUUUACUUGAAGCACUUGUCCCUCCAUUGUCUCUUAAAGUACACAGUUCAGAUGCAUUCAAGCAUUACUCAACUUCGUGCCUCAAUUCUUUCGUGUUUUGUCACCAGCGUAUAGGUUAGAAUCAUGAGUGCCGCCCCCAGGUGCUACGAAGACAUGCUGGCGUCCCGGAGGGAGGAAUUCAGCAACUUCAUGUGGGCGUCGAGGCACCUGAAGCCCCAGGUGGCCUACCAACAAGAAAGACGGGCUUUGCCCCAGUACCACAAGGACGAGGUGCUGAAGUGCCCCAAAAUCCAGGAACUGCUAGAGACAUUAAGCCAACAACAAAACGUCGCUAGAGAGGUCCUAGAAGCCCAAGUUAAAAGUAUUUUGGACGAGAUUGGCUACAAUAAGAAGUUGAAAGUGAUACGGUGGCUGGGGUUGGCGCUUGUCAAAAUCACCAAAAAAAUCUGUUCGGGGAUUUAUAUUAAUAGGAGCGCGAUUGUGCAUGUUAAGGCUCAAAUGGGGGACUGCCCUGUGAUUUUCGUACCUAGUCAUAGAAGUUACGCCGAUUUUAUUUUAAUGUCGCUGAUUUGUUUUUCCGAGGAUAUGGCGAUUCCGGCGAUUGCGGCUGGAAUGGAUUUCCACGGUAUGUGGGGCAUGGGGACCAUGCUUAGAGACACGGGGGCCUUCUUCAUGCGCCGCACCUACAACAACGACAGUCUCUACUGGACCACCUUCAAACAAUACGUCUACCAACUCGUGACAAAAGGCGAUCUACCAAUCGAGUUUUUCAUUGAAGGCACCAGAAGCAGAAGCAACAAAUCCCUCAUGCCCAAAUACGGCCUCAUUCUAAUGAUUCUCAAAGCCUUUUUCUUGUCACAAGUCCCUGACAUCCUUUUCGUUCCAAUCAACAUCAGCUAUGAGCGCAUUUUGGAGGAGAAGUUGUUCGCGUUUGAGCUUUUGGGGGUCCCCAAACCCAAAGAGUCAACCUCGGGCUUCUUUAAAUCUCUUAGUAUUAUGAAAGAAAAGUACGGCGCGAUUUAUUUUGAUAUGGCGCAACCCAUAUCCGCUAAACAAUUCUUCGGGGCUAAGUUCAACAAAUCUGGUCACAAUUUGCAGCCAAUUCACCAACAAGAAAUCACUGAAGAGGAAAAAAAGUUGAUACCGGAGUUAGCGCAUGAGAUUGUACUUCAACAACAAAAACACUGCGUUAUAACGACGUUUAAUUUGAUAGCGAUUGUUUUACAUCAUAACUUAUUUAAUGAAAAAAGUCUGAUGGGUGUGGAUGAUCUCUGCACCCAAGUAUUAUGGUUGAAAAAAAUUCUUGAAGCUGUGGGGGCUUUCGUUCAAACCGACGACGUCAGAAAUAGCGUGUUUGAAGCCUUGGAGGUCCACAAAAAUAUAGUCAGAGUAGAUGAAAGUGGUAAAGUCACUCUAGUUUGGAACCAGAUAGUCUUAGACAAAGCAAACAUUGGCAAACUCAAAGCCCACAAUCUCUCUGAAACAACUCUAACAACUUGUGUACCUUUCAUCAUGUUGCAGCUAUACAUAAACCCGGUAUUGCACUAUCUUGUGGACUGCGCCAUUUUGGUAGCCAUUUUGAAACAGCAAGCACUCACUCCAGAUGAACUUUUUGGGCGUUAUCAUUUUUUGAGGGCUCUGUUGUCCCAGGAAUUUGUUACUUUUAGUACCAGGGAAAAAAUGGAGUUUGAAGUGGCGCUAGAAAAUUGCUUGAAAUUGAAUCUGGUGGCUAAAAAUGGCGAUGUGUAUGAAACCGGAAGCGAUAAAAAAAGCCAGGACGUGGUCAGUGGUUGCAUUGAUGGGUUUAUUUUUACGUAUUUUGUGGUUUGCUCAGUUCUUUUACAGAGUGUGGAUGGCGUCAUUGACGAAAAAACGAUUUUAACGAGAGUUCAAGCUGAAAUUGAAGCGCGACUAAACGAAGACAACGCAUUUAUUCACCCGUAUUCACUAAGCUUAGAUACUAUUACAAACUGCUUGACCACUCUUUCAAAUGAGAAAAUUUUGGUGAAAACUAGAAGUAAAAACAGUAUUUUGUAUGAAAUAAACCCCGCUGGAGUGUUAUCAGUGAAAAGCAAAUUAGAAGAAUUUGUGGCGCCAAGCCACUCGUUACAAACCAAAUUGGAAAGUAUUCAGCUUCACUUAAAAACUAAGCUUUAAUUCAUUGCUGUGUUAAUCCAGUAUUUUUUUUAAACCAAAGUUGUAUGUGGUGUUCUGGUGUGAUUUUUAAUAAACUAGUGUUGUGUGA